AUGAUUGAACCUCGCGCACCCUGCAAAAAAGGCAUCAUCAUAGAAGAAUACGGGGUGUACACAAUGCUGCCGGCGCAGCAAAUAACGCCAAUCUCCCCUUGGCCACCCGAUACCAACCUUCUGGAUCGAAUGGACGAUCUGGCGCACAAAGGUCACAGCGGUGUUAACCAGCUCGGCGGGGUGUUUGUAGGAGGCAGACCGCUACCUGACUCCACGCGGCAGAAGAUCGUUGAGUUGGCGCACUCCGGCGCGAGGCCCUGCGACAUCAGCCGGAUACUGCAGGUCUCCAACGGCUGCGUGUCCAAGAUACUCGGCAGAUAUUACGAGACCGGGUCUAUUCGACCUCGAGCGAUCGGGGGUUCAAAGCCACGCGUAGCGACAGCAGAGGUCGUAAGCAAGAUAGCGCAGUACAAACGAGAAUGCCCCUCAAUCUUCGCGUGGGAGAUCAGAGACCGCCUGCUCAGCGAAGGAGUCUGUUCUUCGGAUAAUAUACCUAGUGUAUCAUCCAUCAACCGAGUUCUACGAAACCUGGCAGCUCAGAAAGAGAAGUCAACAAACCAGCAACCGUCGUCUGAUUGUUCCACCCCAGUGUAUGAGAGAUUACGGCUUUUGGGGACUCCGGGGUCCACGCCAAGUUGGCCUAGAGCCCCUUGGCCAGCUCAGAUCGAUACUCGCUCCCCUUAUCAGCUUCACAGUCUAAGCCCUGGACCUCAGCUAGGCUGCAAUGGCGAUUUAACGGUGAUGAAGAAAGGUGAAGAAACACUGGAGGGUAUUGAAGGACUCAACUCCGAUGAGACCGGGUCUGGGGAUAAUUCCAACGCAGGCUCAAGCGGAGCAGACGAUGAUGCAGCCAGGCUUCGUCUCAAGCGCAAGUUACAGCGGAACCGCACAAGCUUCACAAACGAACAGAUUGAUAGCUUGGAGAGAGAAUUCGAAAGAACACACUACCCUGAUGUUUUCGCCCGAGAGAGACUUGCGGCGAAAAUUGGUCUUCCUGAAGCUAGAAUACAGGUGUGGUUCUCGAAUCGUCGCGCGAAGUGGCGUCGCGAGGAGAAGAUCCGCAGCCAACGUCGGAGCCCCGAGUGCUACGGGGCCCCGCAGAUCCCCGCUCCUCCCGCCCCACCACUGCCUGCUCCCGCGCCACACCAUCACACGCAUCACACGCCUUAUCAACCGCAGGUCAACGUUGACACUUACAGCCCACUGACUCCAAUGGGAUACGGCGCAAGUAGUGGAAUGGUGUCAGACGCGUCGGUCUGUGAGGGAAGCGAAGCUGAUCUAUGCAAGAGCGGAUUCCUAGGUUAUCCCCGUUAUGAGCUUGGCUACCGACAGCCGCAUCCGUAUAUGAACCAUGGUUACCAGCAUGAACCAGCGUCUCCCCCACCAGAAUUGGGCGGUCUUUUAGGUGCAGGAGUUUCGGUUCCAUUGGCGGUGCCAGGUCAAGACUCCCAACAGUACUGGUCGCGUCUGCAGUGA